AUGCACCCCACAAUAAAGAUCUUGCCCCACUCUCCAUCUUCUACAUUGACCAAGCUAACACUGUCAUAUAAAUCACUACAAAAGGACCACCCAUUUCCCAAAACUUCUCUCAUCAAGAACAACUCCUCAUUUAUUUUCUGUACCUCUAAAUUUCUCUUCAUCAGAAUCUCCACCGAUUUGGCGGGAACAUAUGAAGUAGAUUUUCAACACCUCAAACACGGGCGCCAAUUCGUGGGAGAGACUUGCUCUUAUAUUCUGGAACUUCUAGAGUUCGAGCCGGGAUCGCCGCCUCCGACCAGCCUGAGAGAUAAAGCUGAGAAUUUCGUUGAUAGAUUAGUCAAGCUUCCAUCUUCCAACAAGUUAGGGUUAGGCCCGGAUGAUUUUGUGUGGUCAUUCUGGGAUGGCCUUCUCAACAUAGCGAGCGAAGUUCCGCCCUGCAGUCCCCAGCAAGAUGUUCUUGUCUACAGUGUGCUCAUCCUGGAAACCAUAGGAAGGAGUAAUAAGCCGGAUAAUAAAGUAUGGAAGGACCUCCCUGGCUUUACUAUGGCGGUGAGGGAAUGCUGGAACCGCUCACCAACUACUGACCAUGGCGAGGAUGACAAACCCGCAGACGAGUUUACUGAAUCACAAUGGCUAAACUUGAACUCGUUUGUGGCGAGGCUCGAUGCCAGUCAUAAAGAGGGAUGGGGGCCAUAUCCGGUCUGGGAACUUCGAGAUGGUCUGGAAUCACCUCUAUCCCCCGGUGGCGACUUGCCGACACCAAACACUAGAGUACGAGUUGCGAUUGAGUGGAUUUUACGGAGUCCCCUUCGUCUCUUCAUCGACUCUCUACUCCAUACUCACUCAGACCACUCGGAAGGGCCAGAAAAGAGUCGUUUAUACCUUAGCGGGCCGUUAUAUUCCGGCGCGAAUCACUAUAGUCUCGAGCGAUGGUGCUUUUGGAAGCGCCGACUCUCGGAAAUAAAAACAGAGGUUGGCGAGGACCUGCAUCCCGGGGGACGACUUGAACGUAAUAUGGAUCAAUCCAAUUCGAGAGCCAAGAAAAAGGCCAAGUCAAAGGCUAGAGCUAAGGCUAGGGCCAGGGCCAAGGCUAAAGGCAAAGCCGAAGAAGAAACCGAAACAGAAGCCACGGCUAGCUCUGUGUCCGCUAGCGGCGAGCUUGGUGUGAACACUACCGAGGAAGGAGAUCUGUCAAACGAUGAUAGUAUAAUGAAUGGAGGAAAUAUGAUAAAAAAUCGUUAA